AUGGCUGGGUACGGUCCUCGGGACUACGAUCAUUUAUUCAAAUUGCUGAUUAUCGGUGACAGUGGUGUUGGAAAGAGUAGUUUAUUACUUCGAUUUGCCGACAAUGUGUUUUCUGAGAAUUAUAUAACGACUAUUGGUGUUGACUUCAAAAUACGAACGGUGGACGUUGAUGGGCAACGGGUAAAACUGCAAAUAUGGGACACUGCAGGCCAAGAGCGCUUUAGGACAAUCACAUCAACGUACUACCGGGGAACUCAUGGCGUAGUAGUUGUGUAUGAUGUAACAAAUGGCGAAUCGUUCAGCAAUGUAAAACGAUGGCUACAUGAAAUUGAUGCGAACUGUGAAAGCGUUCAAAAGAUUCUCGUGGGUAACAAGAACGAGGAUCCUACGCGAAGAAUCGUACUGGAAAGUGAUGCACGGCAGUUCGCUGACACGAUGCGUAUAAAAUUUUUCGAGACUUCCGCUAAAGAGAAUAGCAACGUAGAAGAGAUGUUUUCCUGUAUAACGCGGCUGGUGCUGCAUGCAAAAUUAGCCAGCCCACAAGGAAAAGACGGCCGCGGGGAAGUGAAUAUUUCCCGUCUUGAGUUGAUCAUCCAUAGUCUUCGAUCCAAACUCGGCGAGAGACUGAUCCUUGUGAAGCCUGGACCGAUGCCUCCCACUUUGUAUGAUCUUCCACCAGAAAUGAUCGUUCGGAUAUUGUGUGAGUGCGAUAUUCGAACGAUAAGCCGAUUGACUAGCGUCUGCAAAUUUUUGCGGCUCAUCAUCGAUGCACAUCACAGCGUGCUUCCAAGGCGUCGUCUCAAUUACGUAGCUGUAUAUUCCGACAAUGUUGUGAUCGUGAGAAGUGCUACCCAACUUAGCGAUAAGGAGAAACCACUCUGUAUCUGUUCUCUUGAGCAAGGAGGGAAGCAGUUAGCAUUCACGGACAUUGAUUUGUUCGCGAUAGACAUGUUGACGCUAACUGAUGAAAAAAGCUCAUUAUGGUCAUCUUUUUUCCGCACCUUUCAUACGAAAGUAUCAUCCCUACAAUUCAAAGUCACCGUAGUUACGACGGUGGCACUCUUGGAUGUUGUUGAAGCCUUGCGUCCUAAGUCGUUGACUAUCGAGUUCGAAAUGACAGAAGGUCCAUUGAAAGUAACGCAACUCUGUUGCCAUCGGGCCGUGCAGAAGAUCUCAACGCUGACUCUGCUCAAUUCAAGUAUCUACGAUGAGUGUCUGGAUGUAAUUCGAAUACCGACUAUGUAUCUGCACGGACGAACAGAAAUAACUGCCUUUGGACUCAGACACUUGCUAUCGGAAUGGCUUUUCGGGAAGCGAGUGAUCGAACUGUACGAGAUCACAGCAAGAGGAUUCGUCUCACCAUCGCAUCUUUUUCACAACAUUCCAGCCGAAUGUGUGAAGGAGACUAAUAAAUGGCUUCUCCAAAGAGGAGAGGAAGUGCUCACAGUAACCGUUAGUGGUCAUAAGGAAAUCGUGAAGUUUAAAACCGUUCCAACUCCAACACCUACUCCAUGUCUUUCUGCGAUUCCUAAUCCACAAAAUCUCCACUGA